AAGCAUUUGGCAAUACGAAAUGCCUAUUUAAGGGAUGAAGACAUCAAGCAAUUAAUAUUAAUUUUGCCAAAACUAGCACUACUCGAUGUUCGUGCAACUCGCGGAGUCACUCAAGAAGCUGCUGAUCAUGUUCAGGAUUAUUGUAAACAGAAUGGCCGAUCAAUCAAGUUUUAUUUCAAAGCAGAUGACAAACAAAUUGAAUCUGAUUGGCCGCAGAUAUUGAAUCGAUUAGAUAAAGUUUGUCGUGGAUUUGAUUUCAUGGAACAUUGUUUUUUCAGAGAUUUUGAUUUCUUGCCUCAUUUGUUGGACCCGAUAGAUGAUUAAAAAUGCAAAUAAUCCAAUAACAUGAUCUUUUGAAAUGUCAAUCCUUUGCACUUAAUUUUCGUUUUAGCUCCGAGGUGUACGAUAUUGAAAGAAAAGUUGCUAUCUUCAGAAAAUUCACCAUCUUUGCUAACUUUUCACCCCGAUAUUCCGAGCACCCAAAAAAAGUUCUUUAAUCUUGGUGUUAUUGUAAAAACGCACUUUAAAUCUUACAAUUCCAAUAUAAAAUUUUAUUGGGUCUUAUUUAAAAUCAUUUGCACGGCUAAGCCGUUGAGCAUUCAACUGAUUUUUCGACUAAGUCGACCAGCUGUGGUUUCUAAUUCUUAUCAUAGUUGCAACUAGAGAUUGAUAAGAUUAAAGUUGUUUACUCUUACUUGUUAGAGUUACCAUUUUAAAAUUGAUUUAACAAUGUUAAUAAAUGAGCUUCCAGAAGAUUGUUUUGUGGAAAUCUUUGAUUACAUUCAAGAUUUAAAGGAUUUAAUUAACUGCUUUAAAGUUUGCGAAAAAUGGAGUAAUUUGAUUGUUGCUCGGACUAAAAAAGUUAAAUAUUUUAUUGACCGACCAAAUCAUUCGCCUGAUUCUGUUUUUCAACAAUCAGAUGAGCCGAUUGAUGUAGCAUUUUUGAGCGAAUGGUUCCCAAAUUUAAGGAUUUUCGACUUGUCACACCCAUUUUUUGAAAAAACACCAAAGAAAAAUAACGUUGAACUGUCCACAGACGCACCGUUUGACACUAUUGACACGAUGGACUAUAGCACGAUAGCCAGAUUGCUUGCAUAUGGGUUUGACGACUUGGUAUUAUCCCCUGCUCAGGAAAAAUCACCAAUCGAAAAGUUUUUCAGUGGCUCAGAAUCUUUGAAAGGAAUAAUUUGUGGAAAAUAUUUUGAUUUCAAAUUGAUGCCUCAAAAAGAUAACCUCGAAAUGCUAUCUCUCGGAUUUAUUAAUCCAAACAGAAUUGUAAGCAAUGAAACUGUGAAACAAUUGAACCUUUGGGACUCUACGCUAGAUUCAUUCAAAAAAGUGGCCCAUUAUUUUCCAAAUCUUAAAAGGCUGAAAAUUUCUAGUUUUAAAGACAAAAUAGAUUAUUACUCUAAUGGUCCAGUUAUGAAAAAUCUUAAGAUAGUUGAACUGUCUGGGUCUUCUCGUCGUUCGCCUUAUAUAUUUUGCAACUCGUUUGUAUUCAUGGAUUCGUGCCCAGCAUUACAGAGUGCUCAUAUCAAAAUUGAGCGCGGUCCGAUUCUUACCAUUUAUUCAGUAAAAAAUGCAAACUUACAAGAUUUGGUUUUACAAUUAUAUGCACCAGUCAAAUGGAAGAAUCUACCCAGGUGCGUUUCAAAAUACCCAAAUCUGAAGCAUUUGUCAUUACGAAAUUUCUCUUUAAAAGAUGAAGACAUCAAACAAUUGAUAUUAAUUUUGCCAAAAUUAACACUACUUGAUGUUCGUAAAUCUUUUGGAGUCUCUCAAAAAGCUGCUGAUCUAGUUCAGGAUUAUUGUAAGCAGUAUGGCCGGUCAAUCAAGUUUUAUUUCAAAAAAGACGACAAACAAAUUGAAUCUGAUUGGCCGCAGAUAUUGAAUCGACCAGAUAAAAUUUGUCGUGGAUUUGAUUUCAUGGAACAUUGUUUUUUCAAAAGUUUCAACGAUUUGCCUCAUUUUUUGGAUCCAAUAGAUGAUUAGAAAUGAAAAUGAUAACAUAAUUGUCGAUCUUUUUACUUAACUUUUAUGAGAAUAGUUGUGAGGUUCACGAUAUUGAAAAAUUGUUUAGAGCUAUUUACAUGGCCAUUUAAUUGACAUUUCAACUGCGUCGACUAGCUGUAAUACACCCAAACUUUGGAUAAUUUAAAUUUGCUAAAAACUGAAUAAAAUUAUAUGAGUCAAAGUCUUUGGCCCAAAAGUUGA